CAGCACGUCGUCUGUUUUCUUGGCAUCCUCACCUUCGUCUCGCAAUUGCUUUUUGUGGAGGCCUACCGGCAUCCUCGUUCCUUACUCCACAUGGCCUUGACUUCCACCUCCCCAAACCCGAUACAUUCCUCCUCCACGUCCAUCAAGGAGCUGCAUUGCAAUGUCCUUAUCGCAGGCGGCGGCCCAGCCGGCCUAGCCGCCGCCCUCUCCCUUGCCCGUCGAGGUUACCAGGACAUCCAUGUGCUGGAACGUAACCCCUCUGCCGAGUAUUUUGAAGUGGACAAGAGUUACUUGUACAGGAUCGACGGACGUGGCCAACGGCUCACCGGUCUGCUGGGGAUUACGGAUGCGAUGCAGGAGGUCUCCAUCACCACGGAGGAAUUUUUGAACAUCACCAUCGUCCAGGCGGACGGGAGUGUCAAGGUGGUGAAAGCCCCCGCGGAUCCGAGCCAACAAACGGCCUACUGGCUCCCACGCCGUGCUCUGCUCUCCUUCCUGUACGACCGCAUCCAGAAGGAAGAUUGCGGGAAGGCCAUUUCCUUCCAUUGGGGCGUGACAAUCCAACGCUUUGUCAUGCCCCCGCCGG